AUGACAGGUUCUGCCCGUGGAAACGCCUCCAAAAUGUUACCGGAUUCCGGCUGUCCUGUCCGCCGGAUUCUUACCCUCUUAGUUGUCUUUACUGUAGUUGCAUUACCUUGUCUUUUUAUCUACAAUGCUCAGACCUAUUCCUAUGCAGUUUUAUUUCGGCCUUUCGGUUGCUCUUCUUCCACUGUCAACCAAGUUUUCUCCGGUACUGUUGAGGCAUCAUCUCCGGAAACUAAGGAAUUGAGUCUGGAAAGUAUUUUGAAGGAGGCAGCUAUGGAAGAUAAAACUGUAAUCUUAGCUCCCUUAAAUGAAGCUUGGGCAACACCUGGCUCAAUAAUUGAUCUCUUCAUGGAGAGCUUCCGAGUUGGAGAUAAUACGAGUUGGCUAUUGAACCAUUUGGUAAUUGUUGCCUUAGACCAAAAGGCGUACGUUCGUUGUUUGGCUGUGCACACCCAUUGUUUUGCUCUUGUCACUCAAGGAGUUGAUUUUUCUGGAGAAGCAUAUUUCAUGACAAGUGAUUACUUGAAAAUGGUGUGGACCAAAAUUGAUUUUCUAAGAUCAGUUCUUGAGAUGGGAUACCACUUCCUUUUCACGGAUGGUGAUAUAAUGUGGUUCCGAAACCCAUUCCCACAUUUUUAUUUGGAUGCAGAUUUUCUUAUAGCUUGUGAUCACUUUAGAGGCAGCUCGACUGAUUUAAACAACAGUCCAAAUGCAGGAUUUAUGUAUGUCAAAUCCAAUAACAGGACCAUAGAAUUCUACAAGUUUUGGUACUCCUCCAGAGACACAUAUCCUGGGAAAAAGACUCAGGAUGUGUUAAACAUUAUUAAAUAUGAUCCAUUCGUCAAAAGGAUUGAGUUGACGAUUAGGUUUCUGGAUACUGUUUAUUUUGGUGGAUUUUGUGAACCCAGUAGAGAUUUGAAUAGAGUUUGUACAAUGCAUGCAAAUUGUUGUAUUGGUAUGAAUAACAAGAUCCAUGAUCUUAGAGUUGUGCUUGAGGACWGGAAAAAAUUUUUGUCUUCUCCGGAAAGUGUGAAGAGAUCGGGAAUGUCUUGGACUGUUCCACGGAAUUGCAGGUAA